UGAUACUUAUCUCAGGGCAGACAACACCACCACCCCACCUUUCGUCUUCGAAAUCAAAACAGCUUCCUGUCUUGUAGUUCUGUGUCACCUGAUACUGCUCCUCUCUCGGUCUCAUCCACACCACACCUUCAAUUCAAUCUCUGCUCUUUCAAAUUUGAUUUUUACAUUCAAAUCCAUCACUAACCCUUCAUGGCUUCAAUUUCACCUCCAACACCUCCUCACAAACUCUCCUUCAGGACCCACCACAGGUUUCUUCGCAAAAGACCAUCCUACCCUUCUCCUUCUCCUUCUCCUCCAUUUCCUUCUCACUCCUUCUCUUGGGCUUCUUCGGAUUCUUCUUCUUCUGCUGCUGCUGCUGCUUCUACUUCUCUCUGUCGCUGCACCAAUUCGUCUUCUUCUGAUAGUUCUUCCACUCACUGGCGAUGGGAUGCUGCCCUUCAAGGUGUCAUCGAAAGUGCAAUGAAACGGAUUGAUUCCUUCAUCAAUCCGCGUGGGAAAGAGGAUAAGGAGAUGGGGGAUGGAAUGGAUGCGGAGAGGGAUGGUGGGAAGGGUGAAGAAGAGUGGGAUUGGAAUCGAUGGAGAAGGCAUUUCGAGGAAGUCGAUGAGCAGGAGCGUGUCGUCUCCGUUUUGAAGUCGCAGUUGAAUCAGGCUGUAAAUAGAGAGGAUUAUGAGGAUGCAGCUAGGCUAAAGGUGGCAAUUGCUGCUGCAGCUACAAAUGAUGCUGUUGGCAGAGUGAUGUCCCAGCUGAGUAGAGCAGUAGCAGAAGAGCGUUACCAAGAUGCAGCUUUGUUGCGAGAUGAUGCUGGUGCUGGAUUGGUGGGAUGGUGGUCUGGCAUCUCAGAAGAUGUACAUGAUCCUUAUGGUCUAAUUAUCCAUAUUACUGCAGAGCAUGGAAGAUAUGUGGCAAGGAGUUAUAGUCCUCGACAGCUUGCUACAGCUGCAGUUGGUAUUCCAGUGUUUGAGAUCUUUGUUACAAAGAACAGGAUAGGUGAAUACAAGCAGCAGGCUGUGUACUUGAAAAGGAAAGCAUUUUUCCAAGACUCUUCAACAGUGUCCUCGAAAUCACCAGGUGCCACCAGCCACUUGAAUCCACCAGGGCCAAUUGAAGAAAAAAGUGAUCUAUUUGUUGUGAGCACUGAGGACAUUGAGGAUGGCGAUGAUACAGAAGAUGGUUCUGAUCUCAAUGAUGGAUUGCCUGGUUUUCAGAAUAUUUUGCGAGAUAUGAUUCCUGGUGUGAAGGUCAAGGUCUUGAAGGUGACAGCUCCUGCAAAGGUGGAUAGGGAUUUCAUAUCUAAGGUGAUAGAGCAGAUAAUGGAUGAAGAAGAUGACGAGAAGGAUAUUGAGUUAGAAAGCAUAGAGACAGAAGAUGAAAUUAGAGGUGAAAGCGACCAAGAAAGAGAUGAGAUUGAAAUGGAUGCCACUGAUGGCAUCAUUGAUAAUGAAGGGCCAAGUGAAAUUUCAGUUAAAGUUGUUGUUGGAGGUCUCACUCAAAAACUUUCAGGAAGCACGCCUAUGAAACAGUCACUCAGAGUGCCUGCUAAGCUAGAGAAAAAGGGACGGAGAUCAUUUUGCUUUUCUAUUGAGAAAGAUGUGAACCAACAGGGUUCUGUUGCCAAGGAAGCAGGCUCGGUUAAAAAAGCAAAGUUUCGAGGUCAACGCAGUGUGGACAGCAUUAUGUUGGAUCUUGCUAAAUUUAUUGGUAGGGAGAAGAUACCCUUGAAGGUGCUGAAAGAUGUUGGCGACUUAAUAAAUUUUACCCUUAGUCAAGCUCAAAAUCGUCAACCACUGUCUGGAUCAACAACUUUCCAUCGGAUUGAAAUAUCAACAUCUCUAGACCCUCUAAAUGGACUUUAUAUUGGGGCUCAUGGACUAUACACCUCAGAAGUCAUACAUCUACAACGUAAAUUUGGUCAAUGGCAAGAUGAGCGUGGGACCAAGGAGCCUUCUAAUCUAGAGUUUUAUGAAUAUGUUGAAGCUAUAAAAUUAACUGGAGAUCCAUACGUACCUGCUGGACAGGUGGCAUUUCGUGCUAAGGUUGGAAAAAGGUAUCAGCUUCCUCAUAAAGGCAUCAUUCCUGAAGAAUUUGGAGUGAUUGCUCGGUAUAGAGGACAAGGGAGGCUUGCUGAGCCUGGUUUUCAGAAUCCUCGAUGGGUUGAUGGUGAACUUGUUAUUCUUGAUGGAAAGUACAUCAAAGGGGGCCCUGUUGUUGGGUUUGUAUAUUGGGCUCCUGAAUAUCACUUCUUGGUGUUUUUCAACCGUCUGAGGCUUCAAUAAUAGAUGCCCGUGUAUAUAAUGUUCAAGCUUGUCUAUUCUUUCAUUGUAUUUUAUGAGGUGAGUACUUUCUAACUAAAAAUUGGUCAAGCAUUUGUAAAUUUGUAACUGAAUUCAUGAUACCUAUGGUCUAUACUCAAUAGGCUAGGUUGCCUCAAAUUGUUCCAACAAUUUGCCAUGGUCAUGCUAUGGUACCAUUAGCCCUCUGUAUGGGUACAAGUCCUAAGCUGGAAAGUUGAUCUAUUGGCAGUUCCUUCUAAUGUUACUUGUAGAAAUUCUGGUGAAUGUUUUAGGGCAAUGGAUUUGUAUUUUGAGAGGUGCAUUUUGAAACUACUUCAUUUUGUACGUUACAUUUUGAUGGAUUAGAUUAUUGCAAUUGCAAACCAAUAUGAGACAUUUGGUACCCAUUAAUAUUGAGAUUUUCUGAUGUAUAUUAGGCAUUCAUAUAAAUGCAGCAGAAUGAGAUAAGAUUUUGUAAGUUGUAACUAUAUAAUUAUGUCACUCUAUUUAUUUGUAUACCAUAAUCUGCAUGAAUGUUUUUAUGCCCUGUUUGUUGGAACUGUCAUGUUCUGUUUUUGUUGAUGGAUAAUAGUUCUAAAUGUCAUCUAUAUAUAAUUGUUUUACUGCUUUUUCAUGUAGUUUUUUUUUUUUUUUUUGUGUAAAUUUUGAAGGAAGUGAUACAGUAUGUGAUAUCUUGAUUAAUUAUUUUUCCCCUUGUAACUUUCAAUGAUUAGAAAUAUAUCUGCAUAAGUUUGAUUCUCGCAGUAGAGUUUUACGAACAAUGAUUAUCGGGAAUUUUAUUUCUUAGGUGACAAAAGUCUGAUCGAAUUAUAAGAUGCACUUUGGUUUUAACACUUAUUACGUGAAGUAGUCCUUACUGUUCUAUGAUCUCUUUUGUUUUGCAGUCUGCCAAUUUGUUCUUCAACUUGAGCAGCAUAUUAGGUAUUGAAAUCCGGCCACAUGUCCAAUGCUCACUCAACUAACUGUUGCAUAUGUAAACAUAUUGACUUGGUGAAAUUAACCCAGAAGCUUUGAGAUGCAGUAGGUAUUCAGCUUUUCUAUGCAUGACUUCUGAGCAGCCAUUUACAGCAGCUUAUGCGCUUAAAUUUUUUGUUGGAUAAUCUAAUCUUUAUCAAUUUCUAGCUAUUAGCACUUUCCAAGUUAUCAUACAACAGGAGAGUAGGUUCUACGCUAGAAUUGUCUUUCACAAUUUUAUUAGUCCUAAAUAGAUAUAUGGCUGGAAAUGUGCAAUCUUUAUGUAGAGACUAGUGCAGUCAGGACAUGUGGAAAGGCUUAUUUCAGAGAGCAGUAGUCGAAUGAGCUCAUUUACAUUUAAAUGCGUUGUAGUUUUCCCCCCUUCUCAUCAUAAUACAUGAAUGAAAAACUUAAAACGUUGUUUUCA